ACCAAGAUGCCCAUCGACACGAGCAACGACAUCGUCACCCUCUCUCUCGGCACCUCGUCCGUCAAGGUCGCGCUCAAGGGCGCGACCGUCAUCUCGUACCAGCACGACGGCCGCGAGCGCCUCUUCACCUCGGCCAAGUCGAACCCGUCCCCCUCGGACAAGGCGGCCGUCCGCGGCGGCGUCCCCAUCUGCUGGCCCAUCUUUGGCCCGCCCGACCUCGACAACCCGCUCUAUGCCCAGCUCAAGCAGCACGGAUUCGCCCGCACCGGCAUCUGGCACCUCGAGGACCACCACGCCGCAGACGACACGGCCGACGGCGUAAAGGCCACCUUCAAGCUCGAGCCGACGCCCGAGAUCCAGGCCAUCUACUCGCAGCCGUUCCUCCUGCGGUACACGGUCCACCUGCGCCCCUACACCCUCUCGCUCUCGCUCGCCGUCACCAACCCCUCGUCGGCGAUCGCCCCGCUCCACUUCCAGGCCCUCCUGCACGCCUACUUCCGCCUCCCCGACGGCGUCACCCCGCCCGAGGUCCGCGUCACGCCCCUCGAGUCGCUCGCGUUCGUCGACAAGGUGACGGGCGGCGAAAAGGGCAAGGAGACCGAGCGCCGCAAGGUCGUCGACGUCGAUGGCCCCAAGGGUGAGGUCGACCGCGUCUACUACCGCGCGCCCGACCACCUCGAGCUCGCGUUCCCGACCCCGACCGCGAGCGCCUCGGGCUCGGCGACCGACGUCCUCAAGGUGCACAAGACCAACCUGCCCGACGUCGUCCUGUGGAACCCGGGCCCGGAAAAGGGCGCCACGAUCGCCGACAUGGAGGAGGGCGGCGCGGGACGGUACGUGUGCCUCGAGCCCGGCCGCGUCGAGCCGUUCGAGGUGCUCGAGCCGGGCUCGACGUGGGAGGGCGGCAUCGAGCUCUCGUUUGCGUGACUCGCCGGCGGGCGCGAGCGAGGGAGCGAGGGGGGACGGGCGGGCGAGGAGAAGAGACGAGGAGCGAGCGCGAGGUUGUAGCGACUUGGCGCGAGGCAAACACACUCUGCGCCUUUG